GUUGGGUUAGUUUAGAUGCAGUUCUACUAUUCCAUCGGAUAGCUAUCACCGCACCAACACAAUUAUUAUGCUUAUCUUUAUUGCAGAAUGGUCAUACUUUGUCGAACUCAAGCAGGCAAAAUUUUAAAUGUGUCGAUGAGUGGAAAAAAAAGAUAUCAUUUGUGAAAUUAUUUAGGAUUGAGUUCCUUGUUGGCAAAGAAAGAAGAUAAAACAUAUAGAUAUUUAACAUUUGAGGCUCCAAUUGUUGAAAGCAAAGAUAUUUUCUCCAUUGUCCACUAGUUACUCCUUUUUCUUCUCUCUGUAUUUGUCACAUAUCUUUACUUGAUUAGCAGAAGACAUAGUUGAAAGAAUGGAGUCAGCCCUGGUGUGUUCAACCGCUCCAAGAACGACUACGAGCAGUCUCCUUAAAAAAAGAGAGACACCACUUGAUGCUCCCUUUGGUCUUUCAUUUUCGAGAAACUAUGUCAAGUGUUGGGGUAUUUCGUUAUCCUUGAGAAAGACUAAGAAAUACAAAGUCUUUAAUUGCAAUGUGAAAGUAGAGGAUGAGGCUUGUGAACUAGUUAACGGAGUUGAGCUUUCCAUUGGGGAUGGAGUUGAUAGCAUUGAUGCUUAUCUCUGUAAUGCUGUAAGGAACAACAAUGGUACUGGCAUUUUGCUCUUAUCUGAUAUCUUUGGAUUUGAGGACUCAUUUACGAGAGAUUUUUCAUACCGUGUUGCAUGCAAUGGAUACAAUGUUCUGGUACCAGAUAUGUUCCGUGGAAAUCCAUGGAGAAAGGAUGAAUCCAAAGCUUUGUUUGAGCAAUGGAUUGGUAGUGUAGACAAACAACAGGUUGUGAGAGACAUUUUCACAUCGACUAAAUGGAUGGCCAAUGAGUUUGUGGCUGCAGGAAUAUCAAAGAAGUUUGGAGUGAUUGGAUUUUGCUUUGGCGGUGGCGUGUUAAUAGACAUAUUGGCUCAAGAUAAGGGUAGUGAGUUUGGUGUUGGGAUCUCAUUCUAUGGUACACGGAUCGACUUAUCUGUUACUAGCAAGAUUGAGGUACCUCUACUACUUAUUGCUGGUGACAGUGAUCCACUUUGUCCUGUGAAUGUGUUGAAGGAGGUUGAAAAUAACGCGAAUGGUUGCAAAAUGGCGAUUUUUGAGGGAAGGGGUCAUGAUUUUGCCCAUCGACCUCAAUCCUUAGAAGACGAUAAAGAUGCAGAAGAGGCAUUCUUGAUGAUGAGAAACUGGCUGCAUGAUGGACUACAUUCUGAAAAUUGAUACUCAUUCUGUGAAUAGUCAAUCUGUUGUGUGAUGAAAUGCAAUUUGAAACUUCCUUUCUUUAGUCUUAUAAAGUAUAAGAAAUCUCAUUUUCAACAACAGUCGUAACUAUUGAUCACUAACAACAAAUAGCACAAUAACUUAAUAGUUGUUGUAGGUGGAUGAGGUGGUAGGUAUCUCGUAGUCAGGGUGUGAAAGCUCAUCUGAACACCUCAGUCAUAAAAAACAAAAAAUAGAAGCAGGAUUGUCAACUGCCUUGUACAUUAACAAAGAAGAAACAAUUUUUUAUAGGACGGAUUGAUUCUUAUCAUUUGAUGAUUUGAAAGGCUAUAAAAAACAAUAAUAGUACUGGCA